CUUGGAGCAGGGCCGUCAGUACGCUGAAAACUUCGCCCAGGUUCGGUACGGAAAUCGAAAUCGAGGAAAGACUGCGCGACGCCCACAGCCACAGCCACAGCCAACUUCGAUGUUGUUUACCAUUGCGGAGUGGAUUUUGAUGUUUUUGUGUGUGAGCCAUGACGAUUCUGGCUCCGGCUGUCAUUCGGAGUGGCUUUAAUUCAUAACUCCUCGCAGCUCGAACACGUUCGUGACUUGAGUCUCUUGCAGUGCAAUCAAUCAAUCAGUUCGGCAAUCGAUCGAUCGAUGAUUGGCCGUUUUCAGCUCCGCAAUUGUCUAAUGUCAAAGCGCUAAGUGCUCCGGCUCCGACACCGUCUCCGUCUCCGGCUCUAGCUCCGCAUAAAGCUAACAUUUCCAAGGUUCCGCGGGCGCUCCAGUUACCCAAUCAUCACCGUCGCCACGUCUACUUCCCGCUCUGCUUCAGACCUGGCUAUUGUGUAUCUUUGUAUCUGUAUCCGAAUUUGACUUUGUGUCCCGUGUGUCUGUGUAUCUGUUUGCUAAUCCGCUCUGGUCAUGCUCCGCGUGCUGGCCAUGACAAUUGUGUGUGUCCAGUGAUCGCAUAACAGCCAUGUUCCUCAAGCCCAAGAGCUUCGAGCAGACCCUGCGCGGCGGCAUCGUUCCGGCCGUCCCAGCUGCUCCCGGUUCGGGCCUGAAUCCUUCCUUCCACAAGGGCUGCACGGGCAAGGCGCAUGCCUGUGGCACCAACAAGUCUCAAAAGGCAGCAGCCCCGGGAGGAUCCGGAUCUGGGUCCUCCAAAGCUGGCAGGGCCACUCCGAAGGCCCAGCGCAAGAAUAGCAUUAGCUCGGAGACGAUCAGUGAGAGUGGCUCGGAGAACUCGACCAGCUGGCCCUCCUCCUCCUCGGCGGCAGUUCCCUCCGUCGUUCCGCCACCAAAGCCACCGCGUCUGGCGGCCACCAGAGCCAAGGAGGCUGCCUUAGGAUGUGUUGCUCCACACAUACCCGUAACACCCACCUUUGAACGCUCCACGAAGCGAUCGCUCAGCUUCAGGAGCACCGGAAGCAAGGAGGGCAAGCCUUCUCCGGCUGGAGCCAACGCCUCUAUCCGCCCGCCCUGGAACAGUUCGGCGAUAGCUGCCUCCAAGUUUGCGGCAGCCGCAGCCAGUGCCCCCCAGUCGCCGAGUCCCAGUGCCAGAAGUUCGUUCCGACGACGUCGCGAUGCCCAGAACAUUGGUAUUCAAUGGCCGGCCAUUUGGGCCAGUUCCCUGGCCGCCAACUACAAAAACUACGACGCCAGUGUGAAGCAAAAGAGCCGCCAUGAGAACGGCAACGGAGGAGCUGGCGAGGGCGGCGCCGGAGGAGUGGCUCAUGAUCUGGAGGCGGACGUGGCUGAUGGCAGCCAGCCGGAGCGUGUAUGGCUGGUGCAUCGCGGCGGCUUCACUGCCGCCAUUCGCCUGCCGACGGCAGCAUCUGGCCGGGAUGAGGAACAGCACAAGGUGAGCCUCCGCCUGAUGCACAAUGGGGAACAGCUGACCGUCGACGAGGACGAUGUGGAGAAGCAGAACAGCCCGACCCUGGACCUGGCCGAGGACAUCUGUGAGCUGAAGUAUCUGAACGAGGCGUCGGUGCUGCACUGCCUCCGUCAGCGAUACGCCAGCAAUCUCAUCCACACCAAGGCGGGGCCCACGCUCCUCGUGGUCAACCCGAUGGCCCCGCUAUCCCUCUACUCCGAAAAGGUUGUCUCCAUGUUCCGCGGCUGCAAGACGGAGGACAUGCCGCCCCACGUCUACUCACUGGCCCAGACCGCCUACAGGAGUUUGGUUGAGACGCGGCGCGACCAGAGCUUGAUAUUCAUGGGCCGGUCUGGCUCUGGCAAAUCCACCAGUUUCAAGCAUGCUCUCAACUACCUGGCGUUGGCAGCUGGAGCCUACAAUAACUUCAUCAAUGCUGAGAAGGUCAAUGCCCUCUGUACCAUUCUGGAGGCCUUUGGCAACACAAAAACUUGUCUCAACUCCAACGCCACUCGGAUGACGCAACUGCUCAGCCUGGACUUCGACCAGACUGGCCAAAUUGCAUCCGCCUCCCUGCAGGUUCUUCUGCCAGAACGACAGCGAGCUGGCCGGCGUUUGGCUCAUGAACAUAGUUUCCACAUCAUGACGCGACUCUUGGCGGGAGCAGCUGGAUUGUUGCAGAAGGAGCUGCACCUGGAAAACAUCUCCUCGGAGGACAGUCAUCCAUUCAUUUCACUCUCACAGAAGCUGGAGGAUCGCCACAGAGCCGCCAAUGAUUUUAUGCGCACUGUGGCAGCCUUCGAGACGCUCAACAUUGAUGCCAAGGCAGUGCGCGGAAUCUGGAGCAUUCUGGCAGCCAUUUACCACCUCGGCAUCGCGGGAGUCACAAAGCUGGGAGUGGGCUCCACGGCGCGCACUCAGUUCGCCAAUCCCACCGCUGCCCGCAAGGCGGCCGGGCUGUUGGGCGUUAAUCUGGAGGAUCUGUCGUCGGCCGCCUUUGGUCUGACACAGCCGAAUGCGCCCAACGGCGGCCUGAGUCCCUCCAAGUCGCCCACCUCCGACACCGGACACGAGUGGGCAUGGGAGUGCCUGGAGGCGUUGGUCAUUGGCCUGUACUCGGAGGCCUUGGCGGCAGUUGUCGCCUUGAUUAAUCGACAGAUCUGCACCUCGGCCCACACCAUAGCCUCGAUCAUGCUAAUAGAUACGCCUGGCUUCCAGAACCCAGCUAGUUGUGGCCAGCAGGUGGGCGCAACUCUGGCCGAUUUGCGUCACAACUAUUUGCAGGAGCGCCUACAGAUGCUCUUCCAUCACACCACCCUGGUGGCGCCGCGCGACCGCUACGCCCAGGAGCUGGUAGAGAUCGAGAUGGACCAUGCCUCGGAGUGUCAUCCGGGACCGCUAAUAUCGCUGAUUGACAAGGCGCCCCAGAACCAUGUGGUGCGUUCCUCUCAGCGAGACUUACGUGAGCACGAUCGCCGGGGAAUGCUAUGGCUCCUUGAUGAGGAAGCAAUCUACCCCAACUCCAACGACGACACAUUCCUUGAACGUCUGUUCUCGCACUACGGGGAUCGGGAGCAUCAUACGCUGCUGCGCAAGUGCGCCGGUCCCCGCCAGUUUGUGCUCCACCAUCUGCAGGGCACCAAUCCCGUACUCUAUGCCGUGGAUGGCUGGGUGAGGAACAGUCGCGAGCAUCCUGGCAUAAGGAAUGCGGUUUCCCUGCUGCAGGACAGCAGCCGGGAGGAGAUCAACCGCCUCUACAUUGGCUCUCUGACUCGUGGCUCGGGUGCCAUGGUGUUCUGCGGCUCUUUUGCCGGCCUGGAGGGCACCCAAUCCCUGCGCCGUGUCUCCAGCAUUCGCAGAUCCUUCACCACAGCCGGCGUGAAGCGGAAUUCGAUCAUGUUGCAGGUGAAGUUCACGGUGGAUGGAAUCAUUGACACGCUGCGCCGCACCGGCACCCACUUUGUCCACUGCUAUCUGUUGCAACACAAUGCCGGGAAGCAUGCCAAGUUCACGGCCAACGGAUCUCCCAGCUCGGCGGCGGGCCAGGCCUCUAGCGAGGAGGAAAUGGUCAAUGUGCCACUAUUAAGGAGUCAGCUACGUGGCUCGCAAGUCGUGGAGGCUGCUCGACUGCAUCGCCUGGGCUUCCCAGAAUCAGUUCCCCUUCUGGAGUUUGUGCGUCGGUUUGGCCUAUUGGCCGGAGACUUGGCCAGCAACAAGGAUGUGAGCGUGGAGCAGAUACUCUCAGUCAAUGAGUUGGACGUGGCCAGUUACCGCAUUGGACCUAGUCAGAUCCUCUUCCGUUCUGGAGUUCUCAGCGAACUGGAAGCCAAGCGCGAUGUCCUGCUCUCAGAUCGCAUCAUUCAGCUGCAGGCCUUCUGCCGAGGGUAUCUGGCCCGGAAAAAGAUGUCCCAGCGUCGGGUGCAGGAACUGGCCGUUCGCUGCAUCCAGCGGAAUGUGAAGGCCUUCCUGGCCGUCCGUGACUGGCCCUGGUGGCGCCUCCUGGUCCGAGUCACGCCCCUCCUCAACGUCCACCGCACCGAGGAGCAACUGAAGACCGCCAACGAGGAGCUCCUCAUGCUGCGCGCCAAACUGGAGAAGAUCGAAUGCGAUCGCAGCGAGGUCAAGGCGGAGAACCAAAAGUUGGAAGCCAAGCUAUCCGAACUGACGGUGGACCUGGCCGAGGAGCGCUCCACAGCCCACAUCGCCACCGAGCGGCUGGAGGCGGAGACCGCCGAACGCCUCAAGCUGGAGAAGGAGCUGGGCGAUCAGGCCAACAAGGUGAAGAACCUCCAGGAGACCACCGAGAAGCUGGAAAUGGAACUCAUAUGCGCCAAGUCCGAUCUGAAUGGCAUCUCCGAGGACGAGGAUGCGGAGAACGAGGACGGCGGCGUGGGUGGCGGUGUCUACAAGCUCAAGUACGAGCGGGUGGCCCGGGAGCUGGAGUUCACCAAACGGCGUCUGCAUACGCAGCACGAGCACGAUCUGGAACAGCUGGUCGGGCUUAAGAAGCAAUUGGAGAAGAAGCUUUCCGAUGCCUACGAAGAAGUUGAGGAGCAACGUCAAGUUGUGGGCCAAUGGAAGCGCAAGGCUCAGAAGAUGACCAACGAGAUGAACGAUCUGCGCAUGCUGCUCGAGGAGCAAAAUGCCCGAAACAAUUUGCUCGAGAAGAAGCAGCGCAAGUUCGAUGCCGAGUGCCAGUCCCUGCAGGAUGCGGCUCGCCAGGAGCGUCAGGCCAAGGAGCGCUACGGCCGCGAGAAGGAUGUCCUGCAGGCCGAGAAGUUUACGCUGGAGCAGACCCUAGCGGACACCCGCUUGGAUCUGGACCUGAAGGAAGAGAAGCUAGCUUCGCUGCAGCGCGAACUGGAAGAGAUGACCUUUGGGGGCGGAACCGAAGAAGAGUUCGCCCAGCUGCGGCGCUCUAAAAACGAAACAGAACGCCGGGCCAAGGAGCAGGAGGAGGAACUGGACGAGAUGGCAGGCCAGAUACAGCUGCUGGAGCAGGCCAAACUCCGUCUGGAGAUGACACUGGAGACCAUGCGCAAAGAGGCACGCCGCGAGUCCCAGCAGCGUGAUGAGGAGCUGGAAGAAGUUCGCGGCAAUGGCUACAAAAAGAUCAAGGCCCUGGAGUGCCAACUGGAGACAGAGCAUGAGGAGCGAACCCUGCUCCUCCGUGAGAAGCACGAGCUGGAGCGACGCCUGUCCUCUAUGGAGGAUCGUGAUCGCGUGGACCGCGACGCUGAGGAGGCAAUGAACCAGAAGCUGCGCCGUGAUCUCCGCAAAUACAAGGCUCUGCUCAAGGACGCUCAGACCCAGCUGGAGCGCCUCAAGGCGGACACGCCAGGCAAGACGCUUAUUCGCCAGCUGCGGAAUCAACUGGAAGACGCAGAGUCCGCUCGAUCUCUGGCCAUGAAGGCGCGUCAAACAGCCGAAGCGGAACUCACCGAAGUCCAGGCCAUGUUCGAGGAGUCACAUCGCGCCCGAAACGAUGCCGAGGAGCGAGCCAAUGCGGCGCACAGGGAUCGCGCCGAGCUCCAGGCUCAAAUCGAGGAGAACGAGGAGGAGCUCAGCGAACUGAUGAAGAAGUACAGUGCCACAGUGAAGCAAUUGAACACCGAGCAGAUAAAUGUAUCCGAAGCGGAGUUCAAGCUCAACGAAAUGGAGGCUGAACGAAACAAUCUCAAAGAGCAGGUGGCCGAGCUACAGCACCGCUUGGACAAUGUCGAAAAUAUGGGCGAUCCAUCCAUGGCCAUGAUGUCGAAGAGAUUGGAGCUUCGCACCAAGGAACUGGAAUCCCGGCUGGAGCUGGAGCAGGCCACUCGGGCGCGUCUGGAAGUGCAGGUGACCCGUCACAAGGAGGCCCUGGAGAAGCUGCAGAACGAGGUGACGCAGUCGAAGAUGCGCGAAAUGCAGGCCCAGGACGUGCUCAAGAAGUCGCAAAAGAGUCUCCGCGAUAUGCGUGAGGAGUACCACACGGUGUCCAGUCGCGAGCAGGAGUCCCUGACGCGGCGCAAGGACCUCGAAAAGAAGAUGGAGCAAAUGGAAUCGGAGGGAGCGGCCCUGAAGAACGACCUCCGGCUGGCACUUCAGCGGAUAGCCGAUCUGCAACAGGCCAUGGAGGAGGAGGGCGAAGAGGAACUUAGCGAGAGUGACGAGAGCAUCAGUUCCGUGGGCUCCAUCAGCGACCUCGAGGAGCGCUUGCGACCCGUGCACGUGAAACGCAGUUCGCAACAGUCGCUGAAUGGAAGCAUCGGUGGUGGCGGAGGCGGCGGCGGCACUGUUGUCAGCACCACUCGCACCGUGGUCUAUGAAAAGGACGACAACAGCCCUAGGUACGCUGAUAACGAAGUCAACUCGAACAGCAGACAGCAGCACAAGCAUUAAGGCCCAAGCACCAUCCAAACAUUAUCCGCCUCUUAAUAUGCCUAUCGCUAGUUAGCUAGUCUGUAAGGUCUGUUUGCUAUUGCCGGCUUAUCUAAUUUAAAUAAUUAAAUCAUACAUGCAAACCAUCCGCCACAAUCCACAUCCACAUCCACAAAUGACCCCAAAACCGAAUUACCGAAAUACCAACUCUGCAAUCGACGCCAACGCUGCAUCGCUUCCAUCAACGUCUCCUGCCAUUUAAAACAAAUCCAUAAAACCAAACCAAACACCCCUUAAAACGAAAACAAACGAUGCGUGUAAAUAUAUGUUAAUGCCUAUGUGACAAAAAUCAACAAAAAAAAAAAAACACAACAAAUCCUCGCUCCCGCCCUAAACCGCUCCGCUCCGUUCCGCUCCGUCAUGACCCCGUCCGCCGUUUGGAACCUUUCGGAAUCCCCCUCCGCAUGUGUGUGUGCGUGUAAACCAUUAGCUUUUUCUUAUUGUAGAAUAACAGUGACGUCGCCAUCGUCGCCGCACAUUCAUAAGCUGGCACUGGCGGCCAAAGCCAUACCGGACCCAGAGCCGGACACAAAAACAGCAGCUGCAGCGGCAUCAGCAGCGACCAGGAUGGGAUCAGUAGCAGGAUCAUUAACAGUGCCAGCGGCGGGUCAGUCGUAGACCUAGUAGAUCCAUCAAUGUUGCAGCUCUUGUACUUUGUAAUUUUUUUUAUUAUUUGAAUAUUUAUUAGUUGUUUACCAUUAUUAUUUGAUUACUGUUUAGUUCAAUAUGUUUAAUUAUUUAUUAUCGGAAUAUAGCUACAUGAUAUAUAAUAUAUAUGAUAAAAUAUGAUUGAACCCAAUACGCAUUCGAUAGCAAUGCUGAAUCGUAGUUAAUUUAAUUUGCGCGACAGUCCCUAAACAAAGUGAUUAACAUGUUUUUAUCUCUCUCAAAAAGAAACAAAACAAAAUGGAAAAAGAUUACUAAAACCUAUAGCCUAUAUAGAGUAUAGUCCAUUGUCCUAUAGCCAACUUAAAUAAAUUAGUUAAACGCGUUUCAAAAUCAUAGGCAAGUAUAUGCGAAUGCAAUAAAUUCAAUGUUUUACGGAUUCAAAUCCCACAUAACCGAGUAUUUUAUAAAAUAACUUUUAUUCUUAUACGAAACUUAUCAUCCAAAUCGUAACAUCAUCAAUUAAACGGCAACAUAGCGUCACUCAUUCAUUCAUUAAAUCAUCGUAUAUAUACGGAAAAUUAAAAAUCCCAAUAAGUAAAGAAACCACAAUAUAUAUUGGAAUACAAAAUUUUGCAGAUAUCGUACGAUAAAGGAAACGAUUUAUUAAAAUACUUAUAGAAAACUAACAAAUCGAUGAUCCACAAAUAAAUAUAUUGUUAUAAAACUCAAAA